AUGGACGAUCUUAAGGACAAGCCCCCUGCUCCACCUGUUCGAUUGACUAGCGCAAAAGAUAAUAGCUUCCCUCUUGACAUGAGACCGCUACCCAAGGAGCCAGAGGAUGAAAAGAAGAAAAAAAUAAAAACUGCUAAAAUCCCUAAGAUUUACAAGCCAAGUGAUAAGCUGAUAAUAUCACCCCCGUCAAAUUUUGAGCACACCGUUCACGUUGGCUUCGAUCCUAUCACUGGCGAGUUCACUGGUAUGCCAGAGGCAUGGGCCAGACUACUGCAGUCUUCAAACAUCUCGAAGCAGGAGCAGUCGAAGAACCCUCAGGCGGUGUUGGACGUCUUGAAUUAUUACGACAAAUCUUCGAAGGAGAGGGAGCAGAUCAAGUACAUGACGUCGACUCCUGUCGUCUACCAUUCCACUGCUUUGAACAGCCAAUCAAAUAAGCUUCCUACAGCUACUUGCAUUACUAUUGGUAAUUUGAAUGAAGAUAAGAAGCACACGCCACCUCCCAUAGCCAGCAGACCUGAGAAGACAAAAUCGAUUUACACAAAACCAAUAGACCCAGUCGUGUCAGCCAAUCACCAGCUGGCAACAACUUUGGUCCCCGGCAAAUCGAACAUCGAUGCAACGACUAACAACCACAUCGCAUCGACACACCACCACAACCCGCAGCAGCAACAGCUUGGGGGCCACAAGAAGCGGCAGAAAAUGUCGGACGAGGAGAUUCUAGAAAAAUUGAGAAGUAUCGUUUCUGUGGGAGAUCCUAAUAAGAAGUAUACUAAACAGGAUAAGAUUGGACAGGGGGCCUCAGGGACGGUGUACAUAGCCUAUGAGAACUCGACGAAUCGCGAGGUGGCAAUCAAGCAGAUGAAUCUGAACCAGCAGCCUAAGAAGGAGCUGAUCAUCAACGAGAUCCUCGUCAUGAGAGACAACCACAACCCCAAUGUCGUCAAUUACCUCGAUAGUUUUCUAGUCAAUGAAGAGUUGUGGGUGGUGAUGGAGUACCUGGAUGGUGGUUCCCUCACUGACGUCGUUACCGAAACGUGCAUGGACGAAGGACAGAUAGCCGCAGUCUGCAGAGAAACAUUGCAGGCUCUUGAGUUCUUGCAUAGAAACAACGUCAUACAUAGAGAUAUUAAGAGUGACAAUAUACUACUAGGGAUGGAUGGAUCCGUGAAAUUGACUGAUUUCGGUUUCUGUGCACAGCUGUCAAACGAGCAAAACAAGAGGUCAACUAUGGUCGGCACUCCCUAUUGGAUGGCCCCUGAAGUAGUUACCAAAAAACAGUAUGGACCGCUGGUCGAUAUCUGGAGUUUGGGCAUCAUGGCUAUUGAGAUGAUUGAAGGAGAGCCACCUUAUUUGAAUGAGAAUCCAUUAAGGGCUCUUUACCUGAUAGCGACCAACGGCAAACCGGAUAUUAAAGAACGCCACAAAUUAUCGCCAAUAUUCCAAGAUUUUCUGGACAAGUGCCUGGAGGUCGACGUCGAAUCGAGGUUUUCUGCUUCUGAGUUGUUGAAGCAUCCAUUCAUGCGGCUGUCGCGACCGCUGGCCAGUUUGGUCCCACUCAUCAUCGCUGCCAGGGAGGUCACUAAGGCCAACAAGAUGGCCAGAUGA